AUGUGUCCACCCCCUUUAACUUUUCAAUAUACAAAAAAUCCUGCUGAGGGUGAAAGUUUAGGUUAUAUGUAUAUUGCUGCCCCAGCACCAUUUGGUAAUUGUACUCUUCCAUGUCAAUCAAUGUUUUAUGAAGAAAGUCAAUGGGAUAAAUACAAUAUUUUAACCAAGGGAAUGGGUACCGUUAGUUUUGUUUUAUCUUGCCUCGUUCUUCUUACCUAUGGUCCAAUAAAUAGAAACUUUUUUAAAAUGAAUCGUCAUACCACUAUCGUUUACUUAAUCUCAUUGUCAACCGCUCUUAUUGGUAUUGCUGAUCUCUUGUAUACUAGCUAUGGUGACUCUGUAAUUUGCCCAGAACCAAAUAGAUAUGCUCGUCAAACUGAUGAUAAAUGUUUAGCUCAAGGUAUCCUCUAUCAAUUCGGUUGGUUAGGUGCAGUAAUCUUUUGGGCUUUUCUCUCUAUUGAUGGCUAUUUAAGAGUUACCGGUAAACAAACUUCAAGUAAAAUUAUGUAUGGUGUUUUAGGUGCUCUCUUUGCUGUUAUUAUUGCUCUUACCUUUGGUCCAAUUGCUGGUGAUCAAUAUGGUUACUAUCCAGUUGGUGUUAACUCUUGCUGGAUCCUCGAAAAGAAUUGGCAAUAUGGUUUCUUCUGGUGGGUUGUAAUUGUUUCACUUGCCGUUGGUUUCGUCGGUAUUUGCUUAACUGUAUUCUCUAUGAUUAAAAAAACAAGUGAUGGUAAGAAUUUCAAACAUGCAAUGCAAUUAGUCAUGGUCAUCUUAUUCUUUUUCGAAAUUCUUUAUAUGAUUUGUUUCUUUGGUGUUAUCAACGAUAGAAAGGACCAAUAUACCGCCACCAUCUCACAAAGAGUUCAAUGUCUCCUCAAAGCCGCUAUGACCCAUUUGACUGAAAAAGACCCAAUUCAAUACUGCCCAUUCGAACACACCAUUGGUUUUGCUUCACAAUACACCUUCUCUUUCUUUGUUAAAGUUUUAGGUAUCCAAAUCUUUGUUUUCUUAGGUUUAUCAAAAGAAUCUUUAUUACUUUGGAAAUCCUCAACUCUUUUUACUGCUUUAGGUUUAGGUGACAAAGAUGCUUACGAAGUUGAAAUGGAUGAAAAUUAA